AUGUCUUAUAGUCGUGCAUUAAACGUUCCAGCUCCAACUUGGUCCGUUUACUCUUCCCUUCAGACAGACUUUGCCAGCAAUCUUGUUGGUGACGGACUUAACCACAAUCAGGUAUCCGGAAUAGUCGCCGUCGUCUUUAUCCUCCUGCUGGCAACUUGUGUGACCGCCGCGCUUCUUGUAUGGUGGCAUCUCCAGCAUCGCAGAUUCCCACCCAUCGUUCCUAUGACUGCUGGACACACCAACCUGCGAACCUUCCACGACAUGGGCAGGUCAGCCGGCCUGGUUGACGAGGUGGGAGUUGAGGUGCGCUCCGAUGCCGACGUUCGUCGGGUCGCACCUCAGGUUGGACGCCAGCAGAUGAGGCGAGCGAUGGCCGGGGCCGAGAGGGCAUCGCUAUUGAAAGGACAACUGACAUGA